AUGUAUCUCAAGUUCUUCAGCAUUACUAUACUGUUCGCCAUAUUCGCAGAACUACACUGCAUAACAUUGCUACAAUCAUAUAGAUCGCCAGCAGCUGCCAUAAGAAGACAAGGUCAAUCCAAUACAAGAUUCCGUCCUGUAUUGUUUUUGCGAGGUGACGACGAUUGGAGGAAACAGUUGGGCCAAGAAACCCUGACUGAUCAAGUGAUGGAUGAGAAUGGUAUUUUCUACAAUGUUCGUCCGCAACCAAAAGACAUAACUAAUGCAUUCUCCUCUAAUCCUAAUCGUGUCGGUUAA